AUGGAACCUUUCAUGUGCACCCUAUGCGGCGUGGCCGUUUCAUCCAGCUUCGGCGAGGCAUGGCUAAAAGAGUUCCGUGUCAUAUACGCGCAACCUCCCUCGUGGGACGAUGUGAGACUUUCCGGGGUUUGCUCAGCUGGAGAGACUGAUGAGUACGACCCUCGUGACGUGGGAGUGUUCAUAGCGAGAUGUCCAAGAGAUGCAAGCAAGCGAUACGACGACCAGGACCUUGACCCCGGUUCCAAGGUCAUGGUCAAACUAGGUCCAGCUGCUCCGAAGCCGUUUUCGCACAUGACACCUUCCGUCUCCCGUUGUGGAUUUGCCUUCCAUGCUGCAUGCUGGGAUCUUCUGGCCAAGAUAGGUCACAUAGACAUUUCGGUUCUCUUCGGUGUCUGCUUCUCCAUGCCUAUUGUUGAUGCAGGCAUCAUCCAAUGGGGUCAUGACUACGGUGGCGCCGCUCGCUCUCAACACUAUAGCACUCAGUCUCAGCCCUAUGGCAGCCGGUGGGCUGGCUUUAUGCCAGAGGAGCUGUUUUCGCACAUCAAGUCGUCCCUCUUUCGAUCGGAUCCCAUGAACAUUCCCGACCUGUAUUAUUUGACACAGUGCGCGGUUCGCUUUGAACCGCCUACCUACCCCUGGCACUCUAGGCCGGUAACAAGCGAUCUGUUCUAUCGCUUGCCGGUUGAAAUCCUGCAGGCUAUUCUUCCAACCCUCUCUUCGCCCGACGUGGCAAGUCUCCGGUCAGCUUCUCGCGUAGUCGCCUGCAUAGAUCUACCAGAGUCAUUCUGGGCGUCCAGAUUCCAAGAUGGGUACGAGUAUGCUCACAUUUUCGAGACCUCGCUGCAACGCCCUAGGUCUUGGAAGGCCCUCUAUAUGUUCACGCGGAUCUUGGAGCGGCAGAGUCAUGCCCUCCAGAACCGAGCAAGGGUGUGGAAGCUUGGCUUGAAGCUCAAGAAACUCCAUGACCAGGUAGAAGGAGUUUCAUGCCAAGGCUUGCCGCUGGCCAGUAAAUUUGAGCCUGAUUGUAUCGGUGACGACCGAGAAUGGUUUAUGGCAAGCGAUGGACUCCUUGAGAACACCUCGGACGACUGGUACAACCUACGGGAAGGCUGCAGAGGCUUGCGCAUCCGGGAAAUUCAAUUACCUACGUCCUUAAAGUUCUCCCAUCUAGCCGUGUCAUUUAAUGUUGUUGACAAUCGCAAAUUUGUUUCAGGGUUGCAAUUUAUGACUCGCGGGGGUGAAUAUGAAAGCCUGGGCUACAUCACACUAUUUCAGCAGACGAUUACUCUCCCAACAACAGCUUCCAUGUCAGCGUUGCAUCUAGCUCUUAGCAAGAGUGGAAUAAAAGCUAUUGCCGUGGAACUCGAUGAUCGAACACUAUCCCCCUGGGCAGGGGAACCUGGGGCUUGCCCCCAAUGGCGACUCUCUACUCCAGCUGGGGCUUCUGUGAAAGCAGAAUUCGAUAAUGCUACUACCCCAAAUACUAACCUUAAGGAGGCCAUGCGACUUUUAUCUCUUGGUCUUGAUGAAAAGGCGGAGUUGCCAGGCAAAGAUAGGUGUUUCUGGAAGUCUGAUGUACCUGCUCCCGGGAUACUGUGUGAUUUAUCAUACGAUGAAAGUUCUUUUCGAGGCCCCGAGGCGUUUCGUCCGCCUCUACUUGAGAAAGCCCUCUUUCAGCCGGCCACGCUCGUCGGAGUUACUGCCUAUUUGUUUGACCUCAACGCCGUCGCGGGCAUUGAAUUCAAGCAUGCUGAUAGCACACAUGAUUCGCUCCUCGGUCAGCGCAUGCCUUUUGGUAGAAGACCGUAUUGGCCUAAUCUAUAUCCGCCACAUGGCGAAGAUCAUGCUAGUUCGGUAUCAGUCGACGGCCCAGGCGGCGAGCGCAUCACAGAGAUCAGAAUCGAGGAAAACAUGGAUGGUCCUUUGGAAAUGGAGACGUUGAAACUCAAGCAUUUCGGGUUGUUGUCAAUGGACGUCGAGGCAGACGAGGGUGCCAGCAGCGUCAGGCCAUUACCAGUUCGUCCUAGUGGCCAGAACUAA